CCAAAACAAUUGGAUGUACCAUAAGUUGGAUGCAAAGGGGUUAGAAAUUAUCAAGCUUCUUGGCAGUUGCUUCUUGGAAGACUAAAGGAGCAGGGUUGCUUAUUUACAUAUGACUUAUUUACAUACGACUAACUGGUCCCAGGCGAUCCACCUGCAGUAUUCUACUUAGUCGUGAGGGGGCCAGGAGUGAUCUUGCGUGGUAGUACAAAUGAAUCAACCUCUUCAAAUACUGCAUGUCAGAGGACUUCACUGCCCCACUUCAUACUAGAACAACAGGUCUUUUGUUCAGUCAAACUGUCAGUGGGAUUGGACAGUGGAGAAUUUUAGAGCACCUCACAAGUUUAUGAAAAGAAACUUGACAUAUACAUUUCUACCAUACAGACGUACUCUUAGAGGCAAGACAGGGCUUGAAUUUCACUAGAGCCAACUGGAGAACGGAAACUUGGAAAACUCGGAAACUUUUGGAUUUCUACACGACGGAGUCCAGCAGAGUUAUCCAAGAUUUCUUCCCGUAAGCGCAUCAAGAUGUCAGCAGGGUCGUCACGUGGCCAGAACCCGCACGGGUUAAAACAAAUUGGCUUGGAUCAGAUCUGGGACGACCUGAAGGCUGGGAUUGAGCAGGUGUAUCGUCGACAAACCAUGGCCAAGCCAAGAUAUAUGGAGCUGUACACCCAUGUGUAUAACUACUGUACCAGUGUCCACCAGUCCCAGGGACGUGUCUCAUCUGCCAAGAGCAAGAAGGGGGGGCAGCCCACGGGAGGGGCCCAGUUUGUGGGUCUGGAGCUGUACAGACGACUCAAGGAGUUCCUCAAGAACUACCUGAUAAAUCUUCUGAAGGAUGGUGUGGAUCUGAUGGACGAAGAUGUGCUGCAUUUCUACACUAAACAGUGGGAGGAUUACCAGUUCUCCAGCAAAGUUCUCAACGGGGUGUGUGCCUACCUGAACCGACACUGGGUCCGGAGAGAGUGUGAUGAAGGCAGAAAAGGGAUCUACGAGAUUUAUUCACUGGCACUGGUGAUCUGGAGAGAACACCUGUUCAAACCAUUGAACAAGCAGGUGACCAAUGCUGUACUGAAGCUGAUCGAGCGAGAGAGGAACGGGGAGACCAUCAACACCAGACUCAUCAGUGGAGUUAUACAGUGCUACGUUGAGCUUGGUUUGAAUGAAGAUGACCUGCUGGCUAAGGGUCCCACACUUACCGUGUACAAGGAUUCCUUCGAAAAUCACUUCCUCUCGGACACAGAACGGUUCUACACCAAUGAAAGUUCUGACUUUCUGCGUCAGAACCCGGUAACAGAGUACAUGAAGAAGGCAGAGCAACGUUUACAAGAAGAACAAAGAAGGGUGCAAGUAUACCUACAUGAGAGCACACAUGAUGAGUUGGCCAAGAAGUGUGAACAUGUGCUCAUAGAGAAGCACCUGGAAAUCUUCCACGCAGAGUUCCAAAAUCUCUUGGAUGCCGACAAAAAUGAAGAUCUGGGCAGGAUGUACAGUCUGGUAUCCAGGAUUCAGGAUGGACUAGGGGAGUUGAGAAACCUGCUGGAACAGCACAUCCACAACCAAGGCCUGGCAGCAAUAGAGAAGUGUGGGGAGACUGCUGUCAAUGAUCCCAAAGUGUAUGUACAAACCAUCCUGGAAGUGCACAAAAAGUACAAUGCCUUAGUACUGACAGCAUUCAACAACGAUUCUGGAUUUGUGGCAUCAUUAGAUAAGGCAUGUGGCAGAUUCAUCAACAACAAUGCAGUGACACGGAUGGUCCAGUCAUCCAGCAAGUCUCCAGAACUCCUGGCCAGGUACUGCGAUUCACUGCUGAAAAAAAGCUCAAAAAACCCAGAGGAAGCUGAGCUAGAGGACACGCUGAACCAAGUUAUGAUAGUAUUCAAGUACAUAGAAGAUAAGGAUGUGUUCCAAAAGUUCUAUGCCAAAAUGCUGGCCAAACGGCUUGUCCAGCACAACUCAGCCAGUGAUGAUGCCGAGGCCAGCAUGAUCUCCAAACUCAAGCAAGCCUGUGGGUUUGAGUACACAUCCAAGCUGCAGAGGAUGUUCCAAGACAUCGGGGUUAGUAAGGACCUCAAUGAGCAGUUCAAGAAACACCUUGAGAAAAGUGGGGAACCUUUGGAUGUGGACUUCAGUAUCCAGGUAUUGAGUUCGGGGUCCUGGCCAUUUCAGCAGGGGGCAUCCUUCACCCUGCCCAGUGAGUUGGAGCGAAGUUUCCAGCGUUUCACCACAUUCUACAGCAGUCAGCACAGUGGUAGGAAACUCAUGUGGUUGUAUCACAUGUCAAAAGGAGAGCUGGUCACCAAUUGCUUUAAAAACAGGUACACCCUUCAGGCCUCUACGUUCCAGAUGAGUGUGUUGUUACAGUUUAACCAGGCAGACAGCUACACUGUACAACAGCUCCACGAGCACACACAGCUGAAAAUGGAUAUCUUACAGCAAGUCCUUGCCAUUCUGUUGAAGGCAAAACUGCUAGUAAGCGAGGACCAAGAGGAGGAGCUAAAGUCAGAGUCUGUGGUGUCUCUCUUUCUGGGCUACAAAAAUAAGAAGCUGCGUGUGAACAUCAACGUUCCCAUGAAGACAGAACAGAAGCAGGAGCAGGAGACAACUCAUAAGCACAUCGAGGAGGACCGCAAGCUUCUCAUCCAGGCUGCCAUUGUUCGGAUCAUGAAGAUGCGUAAAGUGUUAAAGCACCAGCAGCUGCUGGGGGAGGUGUUGACUCAGCUGUCCUCCAGAUUCAAACCUAGGGUACCUGUUAUCAAGAAAUGCAUCGACAUCUUGAUAGAGAAGGAAUAUCUGGAGAGGGUAGACGGGGAGAAAGACACCUACAGCUACCUGGCAUAAUGACUUACUGACUGUACAAUUCAACUGGGCCACCCUUCAGCUUAUCGUUCUGUUGUUAUGCUGCACAUAUCAGUGUAUAUACUUUUCCUAAUGUGAUUCAGAUAUUAUCUGCCUGUGUCCCACAGAACAACUUGUUAUUUUUAAGAGACUUGAUGAUUUGAACAACUGUCGUCUCCAUACAUUGAAACACAGCAGAGCUUUCUGCAGAAACCCACACAGGUCAGCUGACUCCAGUGGAUCACCCCAAUAGUCAGCCUGAUGGCCAUGACUAAUAGGCAGCAUUUUUUGAAGGUCCCAUUCUGUACUGCCAAUAUAUCAACUGUUAAUUUUUUUACCAAGAUGAAUACAUACAAUAUUAUAUAAUAUAAUACAAUAGGUAACUUUGCAAAACAUCCGCCUCCAUUCAUUUCAGCCUGCUGCAGCCACCAGUAGCAUUAGAAAGAAGGAGAGCUUGGCAGAGCUCAUCUCUGUUUCAGCAUUUGUACAGAGAUUGCAAAAAUUGUCAUGCUUGUCUCAAGUCUGUGUCAUUUGUGUAUUUAUGAUGCUAACCCAUGAUGAAGACAGAAAAGAUGAUGAAAUUGUCUCCCCAUAAUUUGUUUCUUAGUCUUCAUUAAGAUGUGCAAAUUUAUACAUGGAGAAAGUGUCCAUACAUCUCAAUUUCUAAGCUCUCAAUGGAAACAUUUUGUUCCGAGUGACUGCCAUUGAGGAGUGCAGGGAUUUGAUAUUGUUUCAGUCUGUGGUUGCACAAAUAAUUGCCAAGAAGGUACAUGUAUGUAUGUAACAAUUACGUUUAAUAUGACAAAUGUAGGUUUGAUGAGAAUUUCUGCAUAUAGUUUCCAUGUCUGUCCACCAUGUGAGGUAAACGUUUGCAGGCUGUACAUUUGGAGUCGUUUUGAUGAACUUUGAGUCCUCUGCUGGUUAUUAGAAAUAAUAGUGUACCAUUUAAGAGUAGGACUGUUACUUGUAUGAUUCUGAAAAAGAAAAACAAUUAUUUUGUAUCUGGAGUAGAAAUGUUUCUGUUAUCAUACUGUGGGAAGCAUACAAGCACCACCCCCACACACAGAACAGUGUAGAUCACCAUGGUAUUACCUCUAUCCCAGGAGGAAGCAGUUGAUAUCAGAAGACUGGGGUGGCUUGUGGGACAUUCUGACAUGCUGCACUUGGUCUGGUUGGGUUGGUCAUCCUGAGGAAAUAGAAUCUUUCCAGUAAGCUCAAGUAGAACAUUUCAAGCAGAUUUUGUAGUAAACUGUUAGGCUUACAGUGUACAUUGGUUUUUAUAGAACUUUCUAAAGCUGCAAACCUGAAUAGUUGAUUGUUGAAAACAAGUAUUUAACCAAGGUUCCACUAAAAAUGUUGAAAAAAAGGAAUGCUUUCCACAAUUUUGAUUUAUUGGCACUGGUAUUUGAAGUAUGCUUGCAACAUAACUUCCAUGGAGCUGCUGAUGCAUUAAGCUUGUUGACCUGCUGUUGAUUUCUUCCACAAAUGUGAUUUUACAUUCUUACUGCAUUGGUAGGAAUGUAGGAGCACUUAGGUAUGUAACAGGCAUUCUAGCAGAUGUGGAAGAUUGUUUUAAAACUGUUUGGUAAGGCAGUGAUACAGGAGAAAAACUCAAUUCCUCUGAAUUAAAACCAUUCAUUUUGCCUGCCAUUUGCUUGCUGUUUUACACUGAAAAAAACUGCAAGCAGUGAAAUGUCCGGUAAAUGAUAUCAACACCAUGUUUUUUAGAAUGCCCAUAGGCUUUGGAAUGAAGUGAAGAAAUCUCUGGCUCAGUUUGCAUCCUCUGAAUUAUUUUCCUGUUAAUAUAGAAGAAGACGACGACCUAGUUACUAAAGGUAUAUUUAGUCUUCAGUAUGGAUGUUAAAGUGCAUGGAAAGGCUGGAAAUGACGGGCCAAGCCCAUCUCUGGUGAAGUUUUCCUCUAUUGUAAAAAUAAAAUGGUCUACAUCAUUGGAAUAAUGUGGACUGCAAUGUGAUCUGUCAGCAAUAAGCUGUAACUGAGUGGCUCUUGUUUCAGUAUCACAGACACAAAAGGAACACAGAUUUCAGUGGUGUUGGUAUGCACAAUGUAAUUUUUAACUAAGGAUGUUUUUGUCAUUUUGUUGAAAAAUGAAGGCCCUAUUUUUCAAUGGCAAUGCGCCAUGUUGUGUAUUAGACUUUGUGUAUUGAAGCUGCAUUACCAGGUGGAUUGCUCCUGGUGGUUCGCUGACAAUGACUAGAUCUGUUUGUCUAUAUGAUGACAAACUGGAGCAGUGUGAUACUGAAAGUGGUCAACCACAUUAAUUCAUUGAUGAGUUUAUGUAUACAGAUUGUUUAUGUACAGAAAUUCAAUUCAAACAAGACUGUUGAUGUUAACAGGUUCAAGCACAGGUUGUGGUCACAAAUAAGGAGAAGACCCAGCGCUAUCAUCUGUAAGGUCUUCGCUUUAAGCUGUAUCAUAUAUUAGGUUAUUACUACUUUCAUCCGCAGAAUGUAUGCGGGGAUCAAUAAACUUUGAAUGAACUAUUA